GACCUGGUUUUGAUGCUGCUUAACCCAUCACUUCCUUGAAAAUUCUGUCCGCCAAACUUAUUUGGAUACAAACGACUUUGACGUCACUUAGGCUACUACAGCUAAAUUUAGAGAAUCUAAAAUUAUGAGAGAAUAUGAGUUUUAACAGAAUGUAAUACUCCAAGCUGCAUCAACGCCUCUGACGCCAGUAAAGACUGCACAGAACUGCGCGCACGGCGCAACUGCUUAGCUCUGCUAAAAAAGUGCUACUGCGCUGCGGCAGUUGUCAGGGGAUAUCGGAGAGGAGGGGGUGUGAUUGGCUGAAGUGGCCUUGUUACCUUGGCGACGGCAGGGGGGUAUCGUAGCGUUACCGUGCAGCGUGAUCUCUGCGCUGCGUGGAUGGAGGAAGCAGCUGCAAAGCUUUUGACACAGUCGGCUGCAAACGAAAAGCAAUUGCAUGAACACACAGAUUCUUUAUCAUCUCUCCUCGCGGACAGAGUCUUGGAAUGCAUGAAUGUAAACCCUCCGGGGUUGAUGGGCCCGGUCGUCGGCAUGUCUCCGGAUAAGAAAGCAGGGUCACCAGGGUCGCAGGGCGGGGCGUGCGGCGCCGGCACGCUCCCCGAGGCCGAGAGCGCCUCCAGCCCACUGGCCACCAGCCUGGACCGGCUGGGCCGCGGCGGAGCGGCGGGCAGCGGUGCGGUGGCGGAAGGCGAGGCCACCGAAGACGAGGAGCUGACCAACCUCAACUGGCUCCACGAGAACCUCCUGCAGAACUUCAGCCUGGGCGGCCCCGAGGACAUCGAGGGCUCGGCGGACGAACGCGCCCUCUCCUCCUCGUCCGCGUCGUCCGUCUCGUCCACCUCGGGGGGCCCGGCCACGGAGAGAGACCCCCUCAAGUCCAAGCCGCCCUUCUCCUUCUCGCUGCUCAUCUUCAUGGCCAUCGAGCACUCGCCCAGCAAGUCGCUCCCGGUGAAGGAGAUCUACAGCUGGAUCCUGCAGCACUUCCCCUACUUCGCCAGCGCGCCCACCGGCUGGAAGAACUCGGUGCGCCACAACCUUUCCCUCAACAAGUGCUUCCGCAAGGUGGAGCGCAGCCUGGGCAAGACCAAUGGGAAAGGCUCUCUGUGGUGUGUGGACCCUGAGUUCCGGCCAACCCUGGCACAGGCCCUUAGGAAGCAGCACUUUCCAAAUACACACGCCUUCUACACCCCCCCAGCCUCCCCACCCAGUGCCUCCUCUCCACCGCGCCACCUGCUGCUGCUGGAACAAGGCAGCGCUCUGAGAGAGUCUGAUUUUGAUGCAGCCACGGCCAUGAUGCUGUUAAAGUCUGCCUCUGAGCAGCACUCGGAUCCAUAUGACCAGGAGGGUCCCAUUGACCUGUCUCGGCGGGGGGAGGUGGUUCUUGUGAGCCGGGACCCCCAGCAGGACCACAACUACAGCAGCAGUCCCCCGCCCCCCGUCUCCCUGGACGACGCGGCCGCUCGGCGGGCCCCGACCCUGGGCCCCGGUGCGGGCAGCAAGCGUGUGCGUCCACGGCCCGCCGAGCUGGACGAGGAGCUGAAGGAGGCGGCCGGCUCCCUGCUACACCUGGCCGGCGUGCGGCCUGGCCCCCAGGGCCCCGCGCAACAGCGCGGCCGCAAGAGCCGGAAAAUCAGCCGGAAGUGACAACCCCCCCACCCCACCCCAGCCGGCCUUCAACCUUUGACCUUUGCCCUGCUCCUUGCAGCUUCCCUCUCUCUGUGACUCGACCCCUAAGUCUCCACCCCUUCCCCUUAGGUUCCAGUGAAGCCUUCCCUGCCUUUAAUCUGCCAUCUCAUUCACCACACAUGGCAAUACGGACUCUCACAGGAGUUGGAAGCCAUAUGAUGACUUUGGUUUGUUUUGUCACAAAGCGAAAUGGGAGGGGGAAAAAAAGCGAGUCGAGAGUUAAUAUCACAUGACAUUUUCUUAACUGGAUUUGUGAGAGAGAAAAAAAUCCCUCAAAGGACAGUUGCAUGCUUCCAUCUUGAGAAAACCAACACGAGCGCAUGGAUUUCAAUCAAUCUUUCAGGAGUUUUGUGGUCCUUCUUAAUCGUGACAUAUGAUCAUGAAGAACAGUGAAAGUGCCAUUGACUUUUAAUUAUUAAGACUGGUUCAGAUGCAAUAAUUCAUUGAUUCAGACAUACCUGUAGUUCUUUUAUUUUUGUACCUUUGUCUUGGUGAUGUCAUGAACAUGUGACUUCCUGAUUGGCUGGGCGCCCCGGGAUUGGCAGGACUCCUAGAGAGUGCUGAAAGAGAGAGGAAGUAACUGUUGAGGGGAAGCACUCCUCUUCCUGUGUCAGUAUUCAGCAGAAUCAAUCAAGCAUUCAGCUCAGACAAGGCCUGAAUGGAGCACAACCCAGGAGGACUGAAAGGAGAGCCGAGUGUGAAGACCAGGUCCGACACGUCUGCCAUCAGACCCAGAGACUGACUCAAAUGGGCAGUCCCCUCCGUGCUCACCAGCCAUCUCUGCUUCCAUAACGUCAGUCAGCAGUCUGCUGUGACCAACAGACUGAGGCCACAGGGUGUGUGUCUGUGCGUGUGUGUGCGCGCACGUGCGUGUGUGUGUGUGUGUUUGUGUGUGUGCGUGUGUUUGUGUUUGUGUGUGUGCGUGUGUGUGUAUGCGUGUGUGUGUGCGUGCGUGCGUGAGCGCUUGUGUGUGUGUGUGUGUGUGUCUACUUUGUGAGAAUGAAUGUAUGUUGUUGGUGUCUGCAUUCGUUGCAUUUGGUGCUGUCGUCUCCUCUCUCCAUUCUUUAGUAAUACCUCUUACAGUCAGAAGAGUGCUGGACCUCCAGGUUGCGGCCUGAUCACCGGUUUGUGUGCGUGAAAUGACACUCUGCUGGAUCCAGCAGAAGCAGGACACUUUGUUCUGAUGUAUGGGAGGAAUCUAGAAACAAUGUGAAACAGAAAGUGUGGCAUCAACCAACCAACCAACAAAGGACCUGUGCUUUCUGUAACCCCCCUCCCCCUCGAGAUAGCUGUUUUGGUUAAGAAAAAGCUUGUGGUAUAGCCAUGAAGUGUAGAUGCUGUCAGACGUGCCAGAUUCUGCUUCGAGCCUCCUGGAUCAGUGGCUGGUGAAAGCCUCUGGGUUCUCUGUUGGUCCAGGGAGCAGGCAACCCCUCCUGGAUUACACAGGAAAGCCAAUGCCAGUCCUUGAAGUAGAGCGCAGCAGCCCCCUCAGAAUGCUGCCCCCCCCCCCAUAUACUGCCAGGUAUGACUUUUUGCUGUGAGUAGUGAUGAAGCCCUGUGGAGCAUGUGUCCAGAGCUGCUAUUGGGAGAGACUGAUAAUGAGGGCGGGUCAGCAUCGGGCUCUGUGUCGUGCGAGGAACGUGGAAUGUGCCGGGCGAGGAACAAGGGAGGUGCCAUAAUGGAACUGUGAAUGGAACGGUCUCGAUCUUCUGGUAGCAGCUUCUGGACUGUGGGCCUCGCGGCCGUGCCGAGUCCUCCCACCCCCCCAACCCCCGAACCCCGUCAUGUGUGUGUGCUGAGCUCCAGACCAGCCGGAUGGGUUUUAAGCAAUAUAGAGCCAGCUCUGUCUGCCCGGCACACCGGUCCUCCACCCAGCCUGCGUCGACGCGGAGCAGCGUUCACCACCCCCCUCACUCAGUCACACAGGAAAAUAGUGAUAAGUUAUUGAAUUUGCCUGAAAUCCUUUGAGGAAGGCUAUAUUAAAAACUGCAUACGCCUGUGAUCACAAUGGUGUAGUGGCAGCUGACACAGAAAGACCAGUCUGACCAGACUGAGACCAGUCCGAGAAGUGGUUGGCAGACAUGAUGAUGAAAGAUUAUUACUAAGUUCUCUUGCACGUCUGCUUCUGUCUCUUGCACGUCUGCUUAUGUUGUCACCAGAAUGAAGGCAAGUAUCACACAUCUGUGGGUUAUGCAGGUAUUGUGCAGUUGUAGCACCUUUGUAGCCUUUCUCAAAGAAGACACGGGUAUUUAAUCUCAUCACAAAAGAAGAUCCAAGCAUAUUGUUAUUAUUAUUUUGUUAUUAAUUAUUAUUAUGUAAUGUUCUACUAACUAAGAGCUGCCAAACCACUAUAAUUUUGCCUGUCUGCCAUGUCUGAUUGACCUACCUGACCCUUUGGUUUUUGUAUGCUAACCUUUGUUCAUAAAAUGUUUAUAAAGUUUAUUUUUGCCAAAGAUAUGCAAUUGCAUUAUAUAUGGUAUUACAAAUAAAAAGUAAUUGUUAUACUUCAG